GACAUUUGGUGACAAGUGUCAUUUGCAUGGCCUUAUACUUGUAUUUCAAAUCAUCUACUUGUGUCCCUUCGUUACCCACUCACUUCCUGUAUUUUCGAUUUUUCCUCUCUAAAACCCUCUGCUUUUUACUGCCAAAGAAGGAACUUAUUCUUUCUCUUUUCCUUUGGUUUCUGCUUAGUUUCUUUCGAAUUAUACUAAACAAAGACUCUGCUACAAAUGGCGUUGGCAGAGUUAUCAGCUUCCUAUACCAAAACGACAACCCCUUUUCACUCUUCACAGCCUUCUCUUUCAUCAACAUCUCCCCGUUUCUCCGAUCAUUUUCGCCGUUCAUUUCGAUCCAUACCCAGAUCCCGGAAUGCUACAAUCUCAUGCUCUGUUGCAUCAGAUCAAGUUCAAACCCCGAUCCCUGUACAAGCUGAGAAUCCCAAAGGGAAGACUGAGUGUUAUGGUGUAUUUUGCCUCACUUAUGAUCUCCAAGCUGAAGAGGAGACAAAAUCAUGGAAGAAAUUAAUAAAUAUAUCUGUUUCUGGAGCUGCUGGGAUGAUCUCUAACCAUCUUCUUUUCAAACUUGCAUCUGGUGAGGUGUUUGGACCAAAUCAGCCUAUUGCUCUGAAACUAUUGGGAUCUGAAAGGUCAAUACAGGCUCUUGAAGGAGUGGCAAUGGAACUUGAAGAUUCCUUGUUUCCUCUAUUGAGGGAGGUUAGUAUUGGAAUAAAUCCAUACGAGGUGUUCCAAGAUGCUGAAUGGGCUCUUCUAAUUGGAGCAAAGCCACGAGGGCCUGGAAUGGAACGAGCUGGCUUGUUAGACAUCAAUGGGCAGAUAUUCGCUGAGCAGGGAAAAGCUCUUAAUGCUGUUGCAUCUCAUAAUGUCAAGGUGAUAGUAGUGGGCAACCCCUGCAACACUAAUGCCUUAAUUUGUAUGAAAAAUGCUCCAAAUAUACCUGCAAAGAAUUUUCAUGCUCUGACUAGGUUGGAUGAAAAUAGAGCAAAAUGCCAGCUUGCUCUAAAAGCAGGUGUCUUCUAUGAUCAAGUGUCAAAUAUGACAAUAUGGGGAAAUCACUCGACAACUCAGGUUCCAGACUUCCUAAAUGCUAGAAUCAAAGGCUUACCUGUCAAAGAGGUCAUCAAGGAUCACAAAUGGUUAGAAGAGGAGUUCACUGAAAAGGUCCAAAAGAGAGGUGGAGUUUUAAUUCAGAAAUGGGGAAGAUCUUCAGCUGCAUCUACUGCUGUGUCAAUAGUUGAUGCCAUCAAGUCUUUAAUAACUCCCACACCUGAGGGUGAUUGGUUUUCUUCUGGAGUUUAUACCAAUGGAAAUCCAUAUGGUAUAGCAGAGGAUAUCGUUUUCAGCAUACCAUGCAGAUCAAAAGGAGAUGGUGAUUAUGAACUUGUCAAAGAAGUGAUCUUUGAUGACUAUCUGCUCAAGCGAAUUAGAAAGACAGAAGCAGAGUUGCUGGCUGAGAAGAGAUGUGUGGCUCACCUCACAGGGGAGGGUGUUGCUUUCUGUGAUCUAACUGAGGAUACAAUGCUUCCUGGAGAAAUGUAAAUCAGGUAAGAGUUUUUUCUUCCAUUUUUUUGUCCAUUUACCACAAAUCAGCUGUUGGACAAAAAGAAAGAAGAAAAUGAAAAUCACAUGUAUACUAAAUUGUUUAUUGUAUGAGUAGCAUUCUAGCUAGUAAACCAGUAAUAACAAAAAAAAACACCAAUGUUUACCCAUUUGUUAGAUGGGGAUUAAAAAAUAAAACCUGGUCUCCAGCGUGUACCUUUGAUCUUGUGUCGUCGAUUGCCAGUAAGAAGGCUCCUUUUGCCUUA